AUUAGCUUUCUUUCCCCAAUAAAACUGAAACCAAAGAAACAAAGAUACCACAUAGAGACAAAACACCUUUCUACUUUGCUCUUCAAAUGGCAAUGAAUCAAAAGGAUAGGAAUACAAGGAUCACUCAAAAGGCUUUUGAAAUGGUCGAUAAGGUGUACGGUAAAUCACAGAAAGUAACUCCUCCAGUACUAAAUGUUCCCAGAGACGAGUUUGCUCGUAAUUUUUACCAAAAUUUUCACGAAUAUGGUGGUCCAAAAGUUUAUACCGUAAGAGAGGCAACCAGUACUGCUAGCUGCCGCCGAGUCAUUUAUCAGUACUCCAACGAGUCAACCACAAAAGAACCGGUUGUUUCUCACCCAAAGGAACAUAUUCAAUACUUCGGUGGUGCUAGCCCUCUUAUGGGCCAUGGCAACCGGCUUGAGGGGCCUAAAGGAAGGGCUAUAAGCUGCGACGAGGCCGUCCAACUCUAUGGAGGGGUGCUUAUAAAGGAAUAUCGUCAUUAAGCAGCGGAAAACUCAAUUGUGUUGAAGAUGGAGGGUGAGUUCGUAUAAAAGAGUUAUAGUUUUUAUGUUUGCUUACUGAAAAGAUGCAGACCAACACAUAUGCUAUAGCUUGUUGUAACGGUUUUCACUUAGAAUAAGCUUUAAAUCUCUACCAAGUGUUUGUGUCUGUUAUGUAUUUAUAAGUACUUUAAGUUGAAGCUUUAUGUAAUAUAUAAAAUCAUACGGUGUUAAAAAUAAAUAUGCUCUCUUAGAGUAUCUCCAAAAAAAA